AUGAAGAAGGUUAGACGGUAUGAAGCAGAGAGACGGAGACAAGGCUGUAAGCGGCGGAGAGCCAAAGACCGAGUGGACAAGAGCUGGAGACUGAGUGGUUGUCACCUGGCUUUAUUACUUAUUCGUGACAUGGCAGUGGCUAGUGAGGGUGGCACUGAAGAUGCAAAAAGAAGGGGUGAUGUGUUUGCUCGUGCAUUUUCAGCACAUUUGGCAAGAUUGAUGGAGGAGCCUGCUGCAUAUGGUAAGCUAGGACUGGCUAACCUUUUGGAACUACGAGAAGAGUGCUUGAGAGAGUUUCAUUUCUUUGAUGCCUACAGGACCAUUAAACAAAGGGAGAACGAAGCAUCACUUGUAGUUUUACCUGAUCUUCUGAUGGAGCUUGACGGCAUGAAUGAGGAAAUGAGACUACUUACCCUAAUUGAAGGAGUACUUGCUGCAAACAUCUUUGAUUGGGGAUCACGGGCCUGUGUUGAUCUCUAUCACAAAGGAACAAUCAUCGAGAUAUAUAGGAUGAGCCGCAAUAAGAUGCAAAGACCUUGGCGGGCAAGUGACACAAAAAUAAUUUUCUAA